CUUAAUCCCAUGACUAAACUGCCUGCGAGCACAGCUAUAGCCACCUCAACUGCGCCAGAAACCACGUCAGUUACGCUAAAGACCACUUCCCCAGCUGAGACUACACCAAUAAUUAGUAGUUCUACAGUAGAAGGGACAACCACCCUUCCCCUUCCUAGCACUUCACAACCUGAAACCAGUGCUGCAGUCACCUCUACCAUAGGAAUAACCUCCACCUCUCCUCCAGAGACGACUUCUGCAGCUCAAACUACAGCAAUGACUACUAGCACUAGAAUUGAAGUUACCACUUCACUGGCUAUCACCUCACCAGCUUCUGUGGCCACUUUCCUCACUGAGACCACAACUGGAGUCACUUCUAUUUUACCAUUUACAUCCACAGUCCGUCUUGAGACAAGUUUGCCCUCUGAGACCACAAGAAUUCCCAGCACCUCUACAGAAGUUGACACAACAACAGCUGCCCCUCUUGUCACUUAUCCCACCGCAACCACAAGUGCUGUUACCUCCUCUUUAGCAGAGACAUCCACAGUUGCUGUUACGGUGACUACUCCAGCUGAGACCCCAGUGACACUGAUUCCCACCACAGCAGCUCUUAAAACAUCCACAUCUGCUCUGGAGACCAAUUCCCCAUCUGAGAUCCCAAUAGCUUUGGGCACCACUACAGAACUGGGGACACCCACAGCAUCCCCUGUCACCACUGUUCUCGCCGAGACUACUAAAACAUCACCCAUUGCUACAGCAGGAGAGAGAAGCACAGUGACUCCAAUCAGCACUACCCCUGCUGAGACCACAACAACUUACACUUCCACUACAACACAGGGAACAACCACAUCUGCCCUUUUUACAACUUCCCCAGCUGAGACCACAACCGCUUUGGGCGUCCCUAUCACAGGGGAGACAACAGCAGCCAUCUCUGUGACAACCACAACAUCGCUUUCACCUACCACAGCUGCAUUGACAAUGCAACAGUUUGUCUUCCACAUCCAGGUGAGGACCCUAACGACUGGGCUAAAGAUUAUGGAGGAGGAACUUCUCCUCCUCCUCUUCUCCCAUCGAAGCUGCUUUGUGUGA